AAUGAUGUUCAACUUGGUAGCCGACUGAGUGACGAGGAUCUGCAACACUGGACAGUUCGUCAAUCGACCCAUAGAGUCUUCGCGGCGCAGCUUCCGAGCACAAAGGAGUCAAGAGAAACAGAUAAAGUGAAGAUGGUGAACUACGGAUUUUCGUGAGGUGGUGCAAUUUGGAAUGAAAUGUCCGUGUAAAUAGGAAGGUUUUGUUUUUGGAGAGAGAGAGAGAGAAAAAAAAAGAUUUGCUUCUUUUCUCAAAGAGAAUGCGUGGCAGAGUGUGAAGCUCGCUUUAGUUGUUGUGCUCACCCCGAGGCGCUCGGCGAGGAGUCCGGUUCAUUGAGCAGAGCAGAGCCGCAGGAGCGAAGGCCACGGCCACGGCUGAUGGAGUCGCACUCGCAGAGCGGGCGGGCUCAGCUGCCCAGAAACAUGAUUGAGAACAGCAUGUUUGAAGAAGAGCCGGACAUAGUGAAUUUGGGCAAAGAUUCACGUCUUCAUCCCCUGGAACCAGAUGAAAUUGAAUACGAGCCACGGAGUUCACGGUUGCUUGUGCGUGGUUUGGGCGAACAUGAUCUGGACGAUGAGGAGGAGGAUUAUGAAUCGUCUGCAAGGUUGCUGGGCAUAUCAUUCAUGAACAGGAGUUCCAACCAUCGCGGCAACAUGCAAGGAGCUUAUAGCCAUGAAGCAUCAAGUGGAUCUUGUUCGUUACCCACUGGUCGGACUUUACUUGUUGGUGCAUUUGUUGUGGUGAUUAUACUUUCUAUAUCAAUGGUGGUCUACUUUCUGCCAAAAUGCACCUUCACCAAAGAAGGCUGCCACAAAAAGAACACAAAGUUAACACUCGUGUAUCCGUUAGCAACCAAUGGGCAGCCCUUUCCUUGGCCAAAGAUGAGGUUGCCAAGUGCUGUGGUACCAGUGCACUAUAAUCUUAAUUUACUUCCCAAUCUUACCACCUUGAAUUUUACGGGCUCUGUACAGAUAAGCCUUCUAAUCAUAGAAGAUACAAACAACAUCACUCUUCACAGCUUGGGUCUCAUAAUCACCGAGGCAACCAUUACUCCAGAAACCACCAAGCAUCCUCAGAAAGUCCAGGUUUUGGAGUAUCCUCUACAUCAGCAAAUCGCAAUCAAGUUUAACACCAUGCUACCAAAAGGAGAAAAGUAUACCCUGAACCUGAAUUAUUCAGCUAAUUUGUCUGAUGGUUUGUCUGGAUUUUACAAAGGCACUUAUCAAAUUAAAAACAAGACCAGAAUAUUGGCAGCCACACAGUUUGAACCAUUCGCUGCACGAAAUGCCUUCCCAUGCUUUGAUGAACCAGCAUUUAAGGCCACGUUUAGGAUUUCAAUAAUAAGGGAUGCUGACCACAUCUCCUUAUCCAAUAUGCCAAAGAAUACCACAACUUCAUUGGCCAAUGGGCUUUAUCAAGAUACAUUUAGGACAAGUGUUAAAAUGAGCACUUACUUGGUGGCCUUUAUUGUCGCUAAUUUGACGAGAAUCAGUAAUAAGACUGCAGGUGGAACUCUGGUGUCUGUGUAUGCUGUUCCUGACAAGAUGGAUCAAAUGGAUUAUGCAUUAGAAGCCACAGUGAAACUUCUGAACUUUUAUGAGAACUUCUUCAGUAUAGCUUACCCCUUAAAGAAACUAGAUCUGGUGGCUCUUCCUGAUUUUGAAGCAGGAGCCAUGGAAAAUUGGGGUCUAAUCACCUUUAGAGAAACAGCACUUCUUUACAAUGAAGAGACUGCUUCUAUAAUGGACAAACAAAUAGUUACCAUAGUGAUUGCUCACGAGUUGGCUCAUCAGUGGUUUGGUAACCUAGUGACUAUGGAAUGGUGGAAUGAUCUUUGGUUAAAUGAAGGAUUUGCCACUUUUAUGGAAUUUUUUUCACUUGAAAAAGUAUUCCCUGAUUUCCAAGUGAGUGACCGCUUCUUGCACACUCGCUUCAGGGCAAUGGAGAAAGAUUCAAUGAAUUCAUCCCACCCACUCUCCACUCCCGUUGAAACUUUUGAACAAAUUGAGGAAAUGUUUGAUUCUAUUUCCUAUGAAAAGGGUGCUUCAAUUCUGUUGAUGUUGAAGGAUUUCCUUAAUGAAACCAAUUUCCGGCAAGGAAUUACACAAUAUUUGAUGGAACAUAAGUAUGGGAACACAAGAAAUGAAGACCUCUGGAACUGUAUGGCUAAAGUUGGAAGUGUAAAUUUGAAUGUGAAAGAAAUGAUGAAAACCUGGACGCUGCAGACAGGAUUCCCAGUAGUCACUGUGAAAUUGGACACCACUGCUAAUAAAAUUCACCUCCGUCAAGACCGUUUCCUCAGGAUCGCCUUUCCACAAAAUUCAUCAUCAUCUUUUCACAGUUACCUGUGGCAUAUUCCACUGACCUACAUCACCAGCAGCUGUAGUAACUAUGCACAGCCUAAGUGCAUCAAAAAGUGGCUCCUUAAGAAUAAAACUGAUACCAUUGAUCUUAAAGAGCCAAAUGUGACCUGGGUGAAAUUUAACAUGAAUAUGACUGGUUACUAUAUCGUUAAUUAUGACAAAAGCACCACAGAGGAAUUAAAUGAAUUGUUACAAAAUAAUCACUUGGCUAUAAGUGAUCAGGAUCGAGCUGGCCUUAUCAACAAUGCCUUUGUGCUUGCAAGUGCAGGGAAAAUCUCAAUAGAGGAGGUGCUGAACUUGAUCAGCUAUUUAAAGAAUGAAACCAGCACUGCGCCAAUAGUCGAAACUUUGCUACAGCUCAAUGAUAUCUACAUGCUUGUUGAGAAGAGGGGGGAUCUGUCGGUUUCCAAUCUGAUGAAGAAAUAUAUUUUUAACAUUUUUGGAGACUUGAUUGACCAACAAACCUGGAGUAAUAAUGGAUCAGCCUCUGAGAGAUAUCUGCGUUCCAAACUUCUAGCCACAGCAUGCAAUUUGAAUUAUGAUAUGUGUGUGCAGAAAGCAAAUAUUAUGUUUACCAAAUGGAUGAAUACAACAGAUUUAAGUGUGUUACCGUCUGAUCUAACUGCCACAAUCCUCACUGUUGGAGCACGUACUGUUGAGGGCUGGACAUUCAUACGCCAGAUGUACAUUCAAUUGCAAUCAGAAUCGGACAAAAACAAAAUGCUUUCAGCCAUGGCAAAAACCAACAAUGUUCAGCAUCUAAUCUGGUUGAUGUACAGCGGCUUGAAUCAUAACAAAAUAAGGACACAGGAACUGCCCUUUAUUCUUGCUACUUCCAGCAAGAGCCGAAUUGGAUAUCUAUUUGCUUGGGAUUUUGUUAAAGAAAAUUGGGAUGAUCUGAUUAAAAAGUUUCAUCUUGGAUCAUAUUCUAUUCAAACCAUUAUCACUGAAACAACAUCACAAUUUUCAACAAAGACCCACCUGCUUGAGGUGCAAACAUUUUUUGAUUCACUGACAGACAAAAGUUCUCAGCUCGGGUCAGUCCAGGAGGCGUUGGAGAUGAUUCAUUUGAACAUUCAAUGGAUGGAGAAAAAUUUGAAAAAUCUGGAAAAGCAGCUAUAAAUUUUUUUUUCUUAGUUUUCAGUAAAUUAAACAACCUAUGUGUUAAGUGAUUCUAAAUUGCAGCCGUUUAAAGCAGGUUGAAGUCAAUUGUCGUUUAAACGUCAGUUUGCACUAUUGGAGGGUUGGUGUUAGCUCAGGGUGACUUUUCUGGUUUGUUCAGUCAUUGAAUAUUCAUUUUAUCUGUGGGGAAGCUGCAGAACAAGGUACGUGGAAUGGGUGAAUGUAUUUUACAAAAACAGAGCAUUUCCAUAAGCAAAAUAAUAUCUUUGAGUUACUGGGUUUAACCAUUUAGUUGGAGUGGAUGGUUGGGAAAAUGUCUUCCAACAAUUAAAGACAAUGUUUAGCUUGGCUAUUAAUUUUUAGCAUUAUUUUCCCAUUUGCUUUUCGGGAAAGGGUUCUUUUCAACCAUUAGGUUUUUACAUAAUAGGACAAUUCUUUGUACACCAUUCUGUCACUCACCAUCUUUGUAACAGUGACACCCACUGCAAAAUGGAGAGAUACUGCUCUGUGAAGCAUAAUCUUUACGAAAGAAAAAUGCACUGUGUGAUGAACUCCAUGUAUUGCAUGAGAUAUACCAGCUGUAUGAACCCAUAUAUCUUCAAAUACUUUACCUUUAUCAAGACUAUAUUAUUUUGACAGACUAAAAUUGAAGGAAUGUGAUCCCCAAAAUAAUACAUUUUAUUGGAUACCAUUAAUUAUGAAUUAAAUUUAUAUAUCAUUACAAAUCAUGUCCCUAGCUUUUGUAGGUUUUCAGUUUUCAUCACCUGCCUUGAGUCGUUGCUGCCGAAUGUACAUUUUUUAUUAUUAAAAGCUAUAGACUAUAUAUUAUGAAAAAUUGCAAAGCUCUGUUUACAAAGCUCUUUAUUCUAAGAUUCUGUGAUAACCGGAGCUAUCCUAAGUUGUCAUGUCAUAAGAAUUGCUCUACUGAAUUAACGCUGCAUCUCACUGACAGCAAUAUAUGUAUUUGAUAGAUGUUUUAAUUACAAUUAAUGUUUGUGAAUUGUACACGACCAAUCAGAAUUUGACUUGUUUAAAAAGAUAUUUAUGUACUGUAAAUCAGUAUGUCUUGCAAUAUUCUAAUAGAUGGUUAUCCUGUGUCAAAAAUGCAAUGCAGAUUAAAACAUUUUAUCA